GUGUGUAAGCAAAGCAUGGCGGAUUUGCCAAUAAUCAACCUCCCUCUCCUGCACCGGGAUCCUUUAGCAAAGUCUUCGGUAAUCAAGAAAAUCCGUGAUGCUUGUCACAGAUAUGGUUUCUUCCAUGUUGUCGAUCAUGGCAUCCCGGAUAGAGUUAUAGAAGAUGCUUUAAAGGUGAGUGGAGAAUUCUUUCAGUUGCCAAUGGCGGAAAAGGAGGAGCUUGCGUCGGACGACGUAUGCAAGGAGGUGAGAUUUUGCAAGUUAGAAAUGGGGGAAUUUGCAAGGGAUUUCCUCAAGCUAUAUGCCAAUCCACUCGAUCAUUUUCUCGCGUCUUGGCCGAGGUCUCCUCCAUACUAUAGAGAAAAAAUGGGUAUCUACUCGAAAGAAGUGAGGAAACUAAGCAUCGAACUAUUUGGAGCAAUAGUGGAGAGCUUGAACUUAGAUAACCAAACAAAUCAUCUUCAAAAAAAUUUCGAACAAGGCCUCCAAACUCUCGUCUUAAAUUCCUACGCUCCAUGCUCGGAAUCGGACAAGAAAAUCGGCGCACCACCACACACAGAUCAUAGUAUCAUCACCGUUCUUCUGCAGAGUGCCCCGGGACUCGAGAUCGAGAAUGGCGAAACGUGGAAGAAUGUUCCGAACCUCAAAGGGUCGCUACAAGUACUCGUUGGAGUGCAUUUAGAGGUAAUAAGCAAUGGGUUUUACAAGAGUGUCUUGCAUAGAGCAAUUCCGAGUUGUGGGGAUAGUAUAACUAGGUUGUCUAUAGCUAGCUUGCAUAAUCUAGCCAUUGAUGAAGUAGUUGAGCCGGCUGCUGAGCUCGAGAUCGACGGUGAGGAUGGAAAUUCAAGAAUGUAUAAAGGGAGCAGCUUAAGGGACUAUUUGAAGCAUCUUGCUUCUGGAGAGAAGAGGGGUUUCAUUGAGACCAUUAAAAUUAAUUGAUAUAUUUAAGUGGAUUAGAUUCAUAUAAUUGUUGGUUACAACCUUGGUUAAACUCAAUUAUGGGAUUAUGGGAAUAAGUUUUUGUUAUU